UAUAUAAAUAAAGCACAAUACGAGGGCCUCUUGUCACUAGACAGUAGAUAUUUUCUGACUUCUUUUUCCGGACCUGAAAAUCAUAACUCGUAGUUCCCCCGCCGGCGCGUUUCCGUUCUUCUAGCUCCUCCCCCUAAAUCCCCAUCCUGCCACCGGCCACAGUAAUGCCUCAUAAUAAGAGGCAGCUCUGAUUCGGUAAUAAAAAGAGCCGCGCCUUCCCUCGUACUCGCGCUUCCAUCAAACACACACCCACCAUCACUUCCUCAUCCCUCCGGUCUCCUCCCACCUCCAACCGACUCCAGCGCCGCCGUGUUCCUUUCUUGUUUGCCCCAACUCAGCGCUUCCCUCCAUCCUCCGACGUCAUCUCCCUGUUCGACCACGCACAUCACCGGCAGACGGUACCAAACCGUCGCACAGCGCCACUCUUUCCAGCUUUCUGAAAUCUUUUCUUCCUUUCUAAUACAGUGAAGCUUCCAACAGUGGAGUAUUGAAGAACAUGGAGCCUGUUCUACACUUAGGUGGUCUAUCCCCAACUAUACUCGGAUCAUUUUCCACACAUAAACACCAUAUUGCAUAUAAUUGGAGUCAUCAAUCUCAUAACCUUCAUACCAAUGACAGAAUUUCAUCCCUCUUCUUUGAAAAAUGCCACCAGUUUCAGCGCAAACAUAAACUACAUUGUGGAAAAAAAUCAAGAACCUCCAUUGUUGCAUGUUUCCACCCUGUUCGUGAUACUCGUAGAAACAAGAAAUGUUUAACCCACCCUCAAAAUACAGAUCUUCCUCCUGUAUUACCUAAGCAAAAGAAGAAACCAUUUCCAAUCCCACUAAAGAAGAUCUUAGAAACUUCAAGAGCUGACAAAAAACUAGCAGAAAAAGGAAUAGAAAAGCUCCUUGAGCCUCCGAAGAACGGGCUUCUUGUUCCUGAUCUUGUUCCAGUUGCUUAUGAAGUUGUUGAUGCUUGGAAGAUCUUGAUCAAAGGUCUUUCACAGCUUCUCCAUGUCAUUCCUGUUCAUGCUUGCAGCGAAUGCGGGGAGGUUCACGUGGGUCCCACAGGCCAUGAAAUUCAGACUUGCCAUGGUCCAAACAGUGCAAACAGAAGAAGCUUCCAUUUAUGGGUAAAAGGGUCAAUAACUGACAUUCUUCUCCCUAUCGAAUCAUACCAUCAAUUCGAUCCAUACGGUACCCGAAUCAAACACGAAACACGAUUCGACUACGAUAGAAUCCCGGCGGUCGUUGAGCUCUGCAUCCAAGCCGGUGUCGAAUUACCAGAAUACCCUUCACGCCGAAGAACCCAACCCAUCCGAAUGUUGGGCAAAAAAGUAAUCGACCGCGGUGGAACCAUCGAACCGCCGAAGAUGCCGCCGCAUUCCGAGGUUUUGGAACUCGACACGCACCGUGCUCUCGAGCGAUUCUCGUGUCCGGCGGAAUCAGACGUGGUCGGAAUCGCACAUUCCACACUAAACGCGUAUGAGAAAGUGAGAUGGGGUGUGGGGAAGCUUAUGAGGAAAUACAGUGUGAAGGCGUGUGGGUAUUGCUCGGAGGUCCAUGUGGGCCCGUGGGGCCAUAACGCGAAGCUUUGUGGGGAGUUUAAGCAUCAAUGGAGAGACGGGAAACACGGGUGGCAGGAUGCCACGGUGGACGAGGUUUUCCCGCCAAAUUACGUGUGGCAUGUUCGGGAUUUGAAGGGCCCGCCAUUGAAGAGUUUGUUGAAGCGGUUUUAUGGGAAGGCUCCGGUGGUGGUUGAGAUGUGUGUGCAGGCGGGGGCGGUGGUCCCACGUAAGUACAGGCCGAUGAUGAGGCUCGAUAUUGUGGUCCCGGAUAACGAGGAGGCUCGGUUAGUUGCUUAAAAAAUGACAAUAGUUGAAGUGUUAUUGUUAGAAUUGGAGUGGUAAAUUCAUUUCGUUUGUAGCUUUAUAUAAAACAUUACAAAAGAUCCCAUACAAGAAAACUCAAAUUUGGAUAUAUGUAUAUGUAAUUCCCAUUCACAAUAUGUAACGGGGAUAAAAAUGUAAAUUUUUAGGUAAGGCCACCAUUUCCAUUUGAAAGAGUUGAAGAGAAACUUUCCA